AAGCUCUGACACGUGCCCAGCUUGAUACAGGACCUGUAGGUUCACCGCACAAUCAACCGCUACUCCAGCCUGACGGUCAAGCACAUCCAGUCGAGAUACCACAGCUUCCACCAGCACCUGGAAGGCAACCUGGUCUAGAUCUGGAGAACCGUGAGCGACAACAGAAUAAUGAUGACCUUGUUGUCCCUGUCAGGGCCGACGAUAGGAUUGCCUGUGCACCAAAUGCUCCUGAUAUAGAGACAACACCAACAUUCGUCUCACUGGGAUGUGUGCCAACAAGCACUACAAUCACACUGGAGUGGCGUUUCCAAGGUGACCGCCAACCGGACUCCUGCGAGUUGCAUCACGGGAGGGAUUGGAUUAAAGGCAUUCGGAGGGACGAAAACGGACCCUGGAGGUACACAGUGAACGUCAUGCCGGACACAGAGCACAGUUUCCAAGUCAGAGGCAUAUUUGAUCGACAAGAAGGACGAGUCAGUGAAAUCAUCCAACUGCAAACCCUUCUUACAGACAACUUACAGAAAGAAUGCGAAGACGGUUGCACGGCCAGACAGUUCCUUAAAGACUUCUGCAUAAUAGGCGACAAGACCUACAAAGACUGGAUGGAAAAACUUUGCAAAACGUUAGAAGGGACAUGGGGGUUGACCGGCUGGUUACUAGACCGUGACUCAGAUCCAGGCACAUUCAAGCUGGAAAACCUCGAGUGGCAAAAGCUGAAUUGUAAGAAAGUCAUUUUAGUUUUUGGCGAGAGUUCCGACAAAACGUUGUAUGAAGAAAUGAAUCUACAGACAGCUUUAAUUGGGUUUCUCAAAGACACCAAGCAAGGAGGGGAACAACGGCUGAUACCGAUCAAAAUGUCGUCUACAGUGGAGCUUCCUUCAUACAUGUCUGCUUUGGAGGAGCUUACUUUUGAAAAUAACAAAUACUUCUGGAAGCGGUUGAUCACAGGACUUACAGAUAAGCAUAUUUGUGUGAUGGAUAAUAAAAAUGGUGAAGUAAAGACCGUAAGCUCUUCUGUAUAACCUUGAAGCCAUUGUAUACAAGUAUGCCAACUUAUCACUGUGUGACAACAACUAGAAGAAAAGUUUGUAAAUGCAAGCCGUGAUGUACCUUUUAUGAUACAGUAAUUCUUUUUAGUAUGUGAGGUACCGGUAUGCUUCCGAUGUUUUCAUGAAAGUCGUGUGCCAGAUAUAUGAACUUUUACAUGUUCUGAAAUUAGUUGCUUGUAAAAUGUCACAAAUUGCAUGAUGCUAACUCUUUGUGUAGAAUUUAGGAAUGCUUUCUUUUGAUAAUAUGUCUUGAGAUCUUAAGUGUGGGUUUGUCAUUUUAAAGAACAAUGUUUUGCACCAGGACUGCAGUCAUUCGGUGUGAUAUAAUAGAAGCUUUGAUAUUGUUUGUUUUGAACUGAGUAAGGAAUGGAGGAAAAGGUCAGUUUGUUGAUACCUCAUUUGCUACACACAAUGGGGUAAAUAUGGUAGCCAUGGUAGUCUUACUUGAUAUUCAGUACGAGUGUUCCGUCCAUUGUAAUUGAAUUAAGCUCAGAUCUAGUGAGUUCAGUAUAACUAAAUAAUAGGCGUUCCCUGAUAGGCAGAGUUUGAUGACUGUGAGGUCAGCCAGAUAAUUGUUUAGACUAACCUUUACAGACGUGUUUCUAUAAUUACUGGUACCACCUAGAGCUAAAUAUAGGUGUUUACCAAGAUCUGUGCUAUGAUAACAGAAGAUGUAAACAUCAGUCUAAGGCUCUAAGCAUUAGGCUGAAAGUCGUGUAGUCUACAUGUACGAGUCUGUGUGCAGAAAUCAAAAACAGAUGACAAAUUCAAAUGUUAUGAGCAAGUACAGCGUACCUUUGUCUUUAUUAAGAUCACAGCAAAAUAAACCUGAGCUUAUUCACAUGUACUCAUAAUUUUUUCAGUAAGACAUUUAAGUAGUAGUUAUUGAAAUACUUGGAAAUACAGUUUUCAUUCAUAUGGGACGCUACAUCAAACUCUAAAUAAAUAACCACAAAUUGUCCAUAAAUAAUUCCAUUUGAGGUAGAUAAAUG